GAUAAAAAGAUGUCGCGCCAUCUUUGAGGGUGCUCCUGCUUUUCAAAGGCCUAGCGCGCGCAUUUUCCAUCGUGGACCAUCGGACGGCGGGCUAGUUUUUUUUCCGAGUUAACCGAACAUGCGCGUAUUUCGAUGGAAUACACAUUGUCUUCUCUCUAACUCGAGGAAUAGAAACAAAAUACAUUCGAACAAUUAAUAUAAAUGGAGGUGUAUAACGUUUUAACGAACAAUUGGUUGUAUUCGAAUUAUUUAGUGUCUUGUAAAACUGUCAGUCUGAGGAAAUUAUUGAAAAAUUGAUGUUUCAAUCGAAUGUUCAAAAUCAGGAGAAAUUAUUGAAGGAUGCGUUUAAAUGAUGUGCGCGAAAGUGAAAAUUAGUAAAAUAGAGAAACUAUUGCUCGGUGAACUUUGAGUGCCAUCAUUGUGAACCAUCUUUGUUCUUGAUUAUUGGAAGACUUUUAACGAGGACGUUACGGUAAUUAAUAACACUUUUGAUAUGUGUAAUUGUGGAUGAUAGUGUGUAACGAUGUAAUUGACAGACUUAGUUAACGUGUAAAUGAUAUUAAUGAUCGAUGGAAUUUGGUGGAAGAGCGAAGUGUGUCAAGUACCCGACGGCUUGGUCAAAGUGUUCAACCCAUGGGAAGUUCCUGCAACUGAAAUCACUUUCGCAACGGUGAGAUUAUGGGAUUAUCCAAAGAUGGAUUUCCAUGGUGUCUGGUAGUGGUCAGGAUCAGAGAAGCCGCAAAUUGUCCAGCUGUUACACGGUCGCUUUAGUAGCCGGAUAGGUGAAAACGACUUAAACGUUUCGACAUGUGUAGAAACAGGACAUCCGAUACUUCCUAGUCAGGACCUCCUACACUGGCUAGUGCUCGUCCGAUCAAGAUUUAUGACUAAACUAGGAGAUCAUUGCGGUCGUUUCUGGAAAACAACAAGUAACAAUUCUUCUCCGGAUACUUUGGACCUGAGCUCCCACAAUCAUCACCUGAAUUCGAUCAACAAUUCAAUCGCUAGCACGUCCGGCCCACAGGAAGUAAUGAAGGAAAGAAGCAAAGACGCGGCGCGUAAGCGUCGCAUCAGCGAGAAUCAAGAAUUUUUGAAGCUUGCCAAGCUUUUACCUUUGCCCACCGCCCUCACCGCCCAAUUGGAUAAGGCCAGUGUCAUUCGAGUGACGACCAGUUACUUGAAGAUGCGAGCAUUGUUUCCACAUGGGCUUGGAGACGAAUGGGGUGCUUCGCAGCCAGCCAACAUCUCCCUGCAAAUCGCCCUCAAGGAGGUGACUAGUUAUAUUUUACAAGCUCUCGAAGGUUUCGUGUUCGUUUUGGCACCCGACGGCAAAAUCAUAUACAUAAGCGAAACAGCUAGCGUGCACUUAGGAAUGGCACAGGUGGACCUAACAGGGAACAGCAUCUUCGAGUAUAUCUACGACCACGACCACGACGAGAUGUUGUCGGUUUUAAAUUUACCACAAAGUCCAGCGGACCUUGCUGGUUUCACUUUUCCACCUCCAAAUUCGCGAGGUGAAAUCGAGCUGGAACGUAUGUUCAUUUUGAGAAUGAAAUGCAAUUUGGCGAAAAGGAACGCGGGUCUGGUCACGGAAGGAUACAAGGUGAUACACUGUUCCGGUUACUUGAGGUGUAUCGUAGACGGUCCUGUGGGAUCGGAAUACGAAGAUGGUACCGGACGUUGUAUUCGAAUAAUCGGUUUAUUAGCCGUGGGUCAUUCUCUACCCGGACGUUCCCUAACAGAGAUCAAAUUGUACCAGAACAUGUUCAUGUUUCGUGCAUCGAUGGAUAUGAAGCUGAUAUUCGUCGACGCAAGCGUGUCGCAGUUGACCGGUUAUAAUCCACCGGAUUUGAUCGAGAAGACGCUCUAUCAUUAUGUGCACGGAGGCGAGAUGUGGACGUUGAAACAUGCCCAUCAAUUGUUAUUGCGCAAGGGACAAGUGAUAACCGGCUACUACAGGUUCUUAACAAAAUGCGGAGGAUGGGUCUGGAUGCAAUCGUACGUCACGAUCGUCCACAACUCGAGAAGUUCUAGACCUCAUUGUAUAGUAUCAGUGAAUUACGUGCUAUCGAAACCGGAGUACACCGAUUUGGUGUUGAACUACGAACAAAAAUCCUAUCGUUCGAACCUGAGCGACCCACCAAGCGCCCCUAUGCUCACACCCACCACCAGUGGAAGCACAAACGAUCUAGACAACCGCAGCCCCAGUUCACCGGCCUUUCGGAACAGAUCAAAAGAAUCGCUGGAUAACGAUUAUGCGAACGGCAACGCGUACCCCAGUCCAGAGUAUGUUGAUCUGACUAAUCACAGUCAUUAUCUGUCGCCUCCUUAUCAGGCGCCGACCGUGAACAGCAGCCCUCACGAGGACAACUCCAAUUACAAUUCUGAUUGGUUUUAUCAAUACGGAGAUAUGCAUCAAGAGCCACUCACCUCGGUGCCUCAGCAGGAGUCCCAGCAUCCUCAUCCAUUGCACCAUGCCAACUCGCCGUCGAACCUGCAACAACAUAGUCCUCAAAAUGCUCAACAAAAGCACCAACAUUCUCCUCACCUAUUGGACCAUCCAACGCCUCCAGCGAGUCUGCCGCAGCCUCAACCCCAACCGCAGCCGCAACCGCAGCAACAACAGCAACAGCACAGUCCCCAGAGUAGUCAGCAAAAUAGACCAUACUCGACUUCCUCCAGUUCCUGCUGCAGCACAGACGCCAUGGACGCCCAUCUACCCAGUCCGUUGAGCCUCUACUCUCUGCCACCUGGUUAUCAUCCUUACUACCAUCACUACAUGCCCGAUUCUGCGCCCCCGAAUCUCAACGAGGUCGGUGGUGUGAUCAUGUACCCUAAUUGUGGGUCGAACAACGAUGGUCCCAAUGCUGCGGCGAACACAAACGCCACUGGUAACGCGCAAUCCUACGAAUCCCCCUAUCAGCCACACUCGAGUCAUUAUAACUCAAACAACAAUCCUGUGAAACAUUCUUACCAUCAUCUAGAACCUACGGCAGCGGGUUACACGAGUGUGAUCGUGGACUCCCAACAGUACAGCCCCAGCUCGGUACAGGACCUGAUCCACUAUCAGCAUCAUUACGAAGCACAUCACCAGUUCGUUCACUGACACCAACUAGAUGUGCCCUGCGUAUAGCACGUCGAUGGUGAUUGCGACCGUGAUUCGUGCUACUGUGACCCGUCUAGUGAUCACGAUCGCCGUCCUGCGGAUAGUGAUUGUGAAUUGAGAGACUCUAAUGAUCAGGGUACGGACAUCGAGCUGGUACCGAUUAUACGCUCGACGAGGAGGAUGGUGCACACGGAUAGAGUCACUAGGUGAGUGCAGACGUUCAUGAAAAUCUUCUUCUAUCUUGAAGAAGACGCUGAAACGAUUAUAGACGGUUGAAGAUUGGCUAUCGAAGGGCUGUUGAAAGUAGACCAUUGUAAGAUUAGGUUCGUUUUAUCUUACUGGAACUAUAACAACAUCAAAAGUGAGCUUUGUUUAAGGAGCGUACAAUCAUUGUUAAAUCGAUCGUUUACUCGAUCAGAAACUUUGUGUACAAAUUUUCAUACAGAAAUUGAUUACAGUGUCGUGGGUGAACACGAGUGCAGAGUAACGAUUCAAUUAAGAUAGAGGGCAGCGAUCGUUAAAUACUGCCAAACAUACGCAGUUCUGCGUUAAUAGAUGUACUUAACAAAAUAGUAAACGUUUAAGGAUUUACGUAAGGAUCUAGAAGAAUGGAAGAUUUACCUUAGUAUUCGAUGAUCACUGGAUCUGUUGCUUCUAUUUUAUUCACAUAUCAAAAUACUUCAAUUUCAAAGGAGCUAGAUACCCAGAAGUUAAGCUUGAAGAUCCUCAUUUUUUGUAAAAUAUCUCUUAACAUAUCCUGCAACUUAUAUUUUAUAAUUAAUCGUCGUUAUUUAUGUUGAAACUCGUUUAAUUAUUCGAUCACUGAGCAAACAGUGAAGAAAAUAAUUUCAAUGGUGUAUUCGAUGCUCGUUAAUUUAACAGAUCCGUGGUAAUUAAUGAGAUUCGCGAAAUUGAGGGAAAGAAUUUCUGCGUAAUGCACGCUGGACGUGAGCAGCUUAAAUUCAACGUACGAUUUUAUACGAUUACAUUAGCGAGUUCUGUAAGCGGUAUGGUAAUUAUAGUCCGACGUUGGGUUAUUGUAAAUAAAAGGAACGCGAAACGGAUUAUUUUCAUGGCGUCGAUUGGUAGCGCGAGGUACGUAAUUGUAGACUUGUAAAUUAUGUAGCUGUUAUAGCUCCUAAGAUCUCUUUCUCUCUAUAAUAUAUAAAUAUAUUCGAUAUUUGUUAGGUAGACCCGAAGACUGACCGGUGCUUAUACGAACCGACCAAAGAAACACCUAAUGAGAAAAAAAAAAGUGUCACUGUUAUUGUAUCUUUAUUCGCGUUUAUUUUAACCCUUUGAUUCAAACCAUCAAAGUAUUUUAUUAGAUUGGCAAUACAAUUUGCGACCCCCCCUUUUUCCUACAGGAUUAUUUAUUAAAAUUCUUUGGAAGCUAAUCAAUGUAUAAAACGCGUGUACACAUUUUGCCAUACGAAUACUAUUAUUUAUAUACAUAUAUCGAUGUAAAUUGAUCGAGAUAGUGGAUAGGUGACGGAGAUCAUUGUACGAUACUACGAGCGUAAUCUGUAAGCGGUUGUAAAUAUUGUAAAAGUAUAGCAAGCGCGCGCUGCAUACCUACUAUCGCGAGAAAAUAUAAUCAUAUUUUCCUCUGAC